AUGGACCUCACUGUCUGUCUGAUCACGCAAAUUCUGACACUUGGCGUCCCGUUGAAUGAGGUCAAUGAGCAAGGACAGACCCUUUUGAAUGGCUUCCUUAAUCUCCCGGACGGUCCUUGGUACGACCAAGGCAUCUGCGAAAGCUUGGCAUCCUCGGUGACGCAGCUCAUAGAUGUGGGUGCUGAGCUUGUAACCAUUAAUAGACGAGGCCAAAAUAUUCACGCGGAUGCAGUCCUCAGCUUGCCGCCACCUAUAUACCUUCGUCAUACUUUCACUAGUAUCAUUGAUAUCGCAGAAGGUAGCCCCAAAUCCUUAAGGAGAAAUGAGAUUACAAUGAAGUUCUUAUACUAUACAGCGUUAUUAUGCAAUGAUAUUUGUCUGGCGGUAGCAAGAAAGUCUGAAGUCGACCUACAACGAGCACUCGCAGUAUCGCCACGUGCAAUCAACGAGACCAACAACAUGUCACAAACGGCACUUCAUCUUGCUGUGGAGUGGCCCGCUGGGAUGCGUAUACUACUGGAGGCGGGUGCUGAUCCUAUACAUGUACUCGGUAAUGCGGAUUGUUCCCUACUCGACUAUUCUCACAGUCCCAUAUUAAAGGACGCAAUACGCAUCGGAGAGGAUUGCCGAGGGAAACAAACGCUGAUUGCAGAGGGGAAGAUGGUAACUGAUCUUGUGGUGGACCUGGUAAUUGAUAGAAGGCAGAGACUGCGCGACUUAGCAACUCGUCUACUUCCAAUUUCAGCUUUAACUCAUUUCUAUCCGCUCGGGGACCAUGAUUCCUUUCUACCUGACGAGAAAGCAUCACGAUUGUUCUCGGCAUUGGUACAUCAUGGCAUUCCAGUUCUCUCGGCUCUAGACCCGGGUAGAGAUCGAACAACAGUCUAUCAUCAAAUAGAGGUUUCCUCCCGGAUUGCAGAGAGGCUUUGGAAAGCAGAGUUUCGUGAUAUCGACGGUAGGGAUUGUUUUGGGCUCACACCAUUGAUGUAUAUGCGCAGUGACGCUCACUCUAAACACUCAAUAAAUAUCAGGCUGGAGUGUGUGGCGUGGUUCCUCAACAAAGGUGCCGACUUGUACGCGAAACAGGACCUGGAUUUAUAUUUCGAGCGCGAGAAACGAGACAUACGAUCCGGAUCACGGCAGCUGUUGAGCGCGACCUCUUUGCAAUUUUUGGCGUACGAAUUGGGAUUCGCCUUGGGGGGAGUCUUCAUAUACAUCAGCAGGUGGAACAAGCACGACAUGCCGCUGAGAAUGAUGCUUUCCGAAACUUCGCGGCGCGUGCUUGAACAAGUAGUCAUGGACAACGUAUCUGACGAUUGCGAAUGUGCAUGUUCAAAGGGUGGAUGCAAAGCAUUGACGCUGAUAACAAAAAGCUACAUAUGGAGGCUGGGGGUGGAUUACAAAUUUCAACAGCUGGCCAACCUCUGGGCCGAUACAAUGGAUAUCUGCAAUCCGUUGAAAUAUUCCGAGUUCCUACGUCUCAUAACAUUCAAGGAGCUGGGGCUCACACACACCUGUUAUCACCAUGAGCACCGCAGAGACCGUGAGUGGGAGUGGGAGUAUUCUCUGUUUUCAAGGAUUAGAGACCAGGCCGAAAUUGAUGAGAUUCAGGACGUGGAAGCAGCGGACCUGCGAAAGCUGGAAGAACUCCUCGAAGAAUUUGAAGUGAAGAGGAUCGAAUUCGAUCUCCCGUUUUUGGACUUCCUUCGAGAGUAUUGGCGGCCUCGAAUGGAAGAGGUUCUCCACGAGGGGGACUUGGAUAAGGAGGCUUUGAGAGAAAUUGGGGUCACGGUGUACUACGAGUAG